CGGAUGAUCUGUACUCGUGAACGAUUUAGUCGCAUUCUAUGGCAGCAGGCGUAAUAACUGGUCUGCCGGUAUUCAUUUGACGACAAAUAUCCGGACGCGUCGGGUGCUGAUCCGUCACCACCGAUGCGACGUCAUCUGCUAAAUGGCGAAGUAACACUCGCAAUGGAAGCGGCUUGAUACUGUGACGAUACGACGUACAUCACCAUGGCGAGCGGCCCGACAUCGCUAGGCGAGCAGGCAGCACAGCCUAAUGACAUAUCUGACCUUCUCACUACGCUUUCCUUUGAUGCCUUCCAGUUGUCCCCGCGCGAGCAGCAGAUCCUCGACCUUUGGAACCAGCUCCACGAGAUCCGCCUUGAGACCGCUGUGCUCGAAGCGAAGAAGCUCCGUUCGUCCUCCCAUUCUCACCGCUCUCCCCAAGCAGUCCAGAUUAACCCCAUCCCAGCACCUAACCCCGACCCCUCCACUCUCUCCGACGCCGAAGUCCUCGCCGCCCUUUCCACCGCCGAGACCGACCUACGUGCCACCCACCACGUCACAACCGCCCAGCAAACCCUCCUUUCUUCCAUCCUCUCCACGCGACCGAUACUCGACGCUGUACAUUCCCCAUCCGCGUCCGACCGCCUCGCGCCGCUCAUCGCCGAACGCGACGUGCUUGCGCUGGUCUCGUCCCGGCUCGCGACGCAGCUGGCAGAGACGUUAACGGAGCUGGACCGUGUGGAGACUCGGAGCCGGGAACUGGUGGAGGAGAACCGCGGGUUGGUGGGGGAGAUGGUGCGGUUAGCGGAGGAGGGGAGGGAGCCGGGGGUGGAGGAGGUGGUAAAGGAGUUGGAGGGGAGGGAGGAUGCGUGGGGUGGGAGGCUGAGGGAGGGGGAGAGGAGGGUGGCGGAGGAGAGGAAGAGGUAUCGGGUGAUGAGGGGGUUGGUGCAGGGGGUGGUGGUGGGGAGUGGGGUGAAUUGGGCGGAGGACGAGAAGUUGGUGGAGUUGGUGGUUGAAGACGAGGAGUUGGGUUGAGAGGAUCACGAUCGCUGAUUCAACGGCAUUUAAUGAUAAAGCGUCAUGCUCUGGAGUUUGUUACACGCUCCCGAGAACUGAUGGCUCUCGCAUCUCAGGAUCUCCAAACCCAACUUGGCAAAUGACCCUUCCUACGUUGGCCCAAUGGGUGCCUCUCGGAAGAAACUCCAGGGUCUCGAUGAAAUGACGAGGUCCCAUGCUUUAUAAAAAGUGCGA